AUGGCUUUGGAAGAGGGUGAAUGCUUGGACGACUCGCUUGUUUGGCGCUUAAAGCAUGCAAUUUCGCAGCACAUUACAUUUUCAAGGAAUUUGGUCGUUUCUGGAAUCAUUUCAUACAGUGUAGAUGGUUGUAGUGAAAAAUUUGUCAAAAUUAACUUUUCUCUUAACGGUCAAGAGAAUGCAAAUGGUAUGGCGUCGCCGAACGAAUCUCCAGUCGAAUCUGCCUGCGCUUUGUCAGUUGAAACGAAGCCACCAGAAUGUGUCUCGUCUUCUGCUUCUCCUCCGAUUUUAUCAAGCAAUUUGGGUUGUCUCCCCGUCCAAAACCAAACAAAUAAAAAUGUGGGUUCAGAUGCGAUUGUUGAAGAGAGAAGGGGAAGACGUAAGUCGAACAAGCCUCGUCGACAACUCCCAACCAACAAUGAUAUUUCAUCAAUUGGCGUUGUUGCAUCUACCGACUUAAGUGGAGACGAAAAGAAUGAAGAUGAUUCUACACCAUCGAAAAAGAUUAAGCAUGAUGAGUCUGAAGAGUCUCAGCAACUGACAAAUAAUCCAGUCAUUGUUCCCGAUGCUGCUCAACCCGGAGCAUUGCAGGCAUUACUAGCUUCCUUGGUUGGCGCAGGAUUUAAGUUGGAUCAUCAAAAAAAUCCUGGCGUCAAUCCCUUCAUCACUAAUCUCUCUUGUGGAUUACCCUUGGCCGAACAAUCACUGAUGCAGCGAAUUACUCCAAACAGUCAGGGCUCAGUCCCUCUUGCUGACAUCAUGCUUAAGCAGAAUCUCCAAGGCUCGACUUCCCUAUCCGCUGAUCACAAUCCUUCCAGUCUUUUGACAACCAUUUGUGAAACGUCAGGUCAGCCGCCGAAAAGUGUAUUCAUUGGCAAGUCUGUAGCUGCAGCAUUUGCAGCUGCUGCCGCCAGUGGGAAUAAUAACAAUGUUUCCACCCCCGUUUUGCAGGCUACCCAAACAUCACAGUCGGCAGAUGUUUUAUCUGAUGAAAGUUUGAAUUCUGAACAGAACGAUGUACCUCCCGGUUCUUCAUUAGGUGAUGCAGCAACAACGCUUGGAAAUGGUAGUAUAAACUUCCUUCGUUGCGGUUCAAUGUCACAAAGCAUUGCUGCACCCAUUUCUAUUAAUUUGCCCAUCACCACUAGCGCUGCACUUCAGCCGACCUUAACUGUGAUUGGAAGUCUGCCGAAUUCCUUAUCAAAUAGUGUCCCUGCCACCAUUCUUUCAAUUGGAAAUCCUAAUAAUCGAAAUUUUCCGGCUUCCAGUAACACAUCAGCAAUCACAGCUCUUUUACGUGGCUUAAGUCGUUCAAAAUCAUUAGCAACCACUUCAGGAAGCGAAUCAUCGACUUCAAAAACUGCCAAUACUCCUGCCGCAGAACCUCCUGUUAUGUCGUCCAACAUUGAUACAAAAUCCGUUUCUGAUUCAUCUGCCUCUCAGUUACCACUGGACAUAAACUCACUUACCGCUGCUGUUGCCGCCGUCACUGGCACUCUUCCACGCAAUCCGACCAUUUCACCUGGACCUUUACCUGGAUCGGUACUCCUUUCAUGCCCGAAGAUUGUCCCAAAUGGUGAUCAAAAUUCAUCUAUUUUAAAUGUUGUUAAUCAAAGGACAAACGACAGUUCUGUGCUUACGACAGAUACGGGAACCAUAGUGACGGAACAAAUCAAAUCGGAACCAUCGUUAAAGGAAUCCCCUGAUUCUACCAUUGACAGGAUUCUUGAGAACAUCCGCGGUCAGCUUCGAGCGUCUGAGGCUGAGAAAGCUGCCAGAGCCUCUCUUGUCGCCUCAAAUACUUGCGUACGGAAGGUGAAGGUUAAUGACGCAAAGCCUCCGUCUUUAAUUUCACAAAGUGGGGGAGUCCGUCUCCAGCUCCCCAUCAAAAAAGGUAAUGGUAAAUUAGCCCCUGUAGCUCCAAAUCCAACAACUAGAACAGGACUUUCUACCUCAAUUAAUUUGUCGAAUACUAACUCAGCGUCAACUAUUACGUCUGCAAUGGAGUCCGUUCACAAGGUUUACAAGUGUCGAUAUUGCGGGAAAACUUUUAAUCGCAAAUUUUGUCGAGAACGUCACGAACGGCUUCACACCGGCGUGAAGCCCUACACUUGCGAAAUUUGCAAUGAAAAAUUCAUUCGUUUAGAGGACAAGAAGCGUCAUGUACGCUCAAUUCUGCAUACUUCGCGUGUAGCAGCUGCACAGGCUUCUGGAAAGUUAAUUCCUGCAGGUCUGGAUCCCCAGGAUAUGUCAGAAGGUGAUGCUUCCCCCACUUCCGAACAUACUUUUUGCAUGGAAGAUCCGGUAGCAGACACUCAGGCAGAAGCUGAGUCUUCAGAGGAUCCGAUUCCCAUUUCCGCUUCCCCAUCACCGCCUACUCAGGCAACCUUCAAGCAUUUCCGCCGCUCAGAGCUGAAGCAAUCGGUAACGCCCGUUCGACUUCUUUCCACCGAAGGUGCCGAACCAGGCUAA